AUGGCUGGUCCGGGUGGUCCAAUUAAGCCGCACGUUCCCGGUAUCUACAGAUUCACUGCUACCGCUCUCGGUGCAAGCAUGUGGUUCUUCUUAAUGUGGCGCGCAAGGAAAGACGGCCCCGUCUUACUAGGUUGGAAGCACCCGUGGGACCACUAA